UCCAGCAUUCCAGCAAAAAACAAACCCUUCAGCAGCAUUCUUAAAGUUUAAAAUGGCUAAAUUAACCACUUUAGCAGUACUUGUUGCUUUCGUAGCUGUCGUUAUGGCUAGUGACCAAUAUUCUUACAAAAAGGGAAGUGCCAGUUUUGAUGCUUCGUCGUACGACUACGACAAGAAAGCAAGCUAUGUACCUCGUUAUGGUUACGAGAAGAAGGAAAGCUACGGUUACCAUGCCGCGCCUUACGGCUACGGGAGAACACCAAGCUACGGCUAUAACGCCCAAGCUUAUGGUUACAACAAGAAGGAAAGUCAUGGUUAUCAUAGUGCACCUUAUGGUUACGACAGAGGAAGUCAUGGUUAUCGUUCCUCACCCUACGGUUACGCCAACAAAGGCUAUGGUUAUAACGCCCCUGCUUACGGUAACGCCAACAAAGGCUAUGGCUAUAACGCCCCGGCUUAUGGUUACGAGAAGAAAGGCGGCUAUGGGUACCAAGCUACACCUUAUGGAUACGAUAAGAAAGUGAGCUAUGGAUACAGUGCUCCGGCUUACGGCUCCGAAUGGAAACCAAGCUACGGGUACGGUAUACCGGCAUAUGGUUACGACAAGAAAGCCAGCUACGGUUACGAAGCCCCCGCUUAUGGCUACGAAAAGCACGAAAAGCACGAAAAGCCUAAAUCUUAUGGUACAGUUUAUUCAGCUGCAAGCUAUUGAAUUGUUACGCAGCCUGGCCAUCACUGACAACUCGCAUUCCCUAUCACUUGCUACGAUUUAAUUGUGUUCGAUUAUUUGAAUACGUCUGUUGCACUUUUCGCCCUUCUAUGUGUUUUAAAUUGCUAAUAUAAUGUUCUUAAUG